UCCGGGCGACGCGGCUGUGGGAGCUACGGGGAUACACGCCCUCCGCCGGUCCUGCUUGGCGACCCUGCGCUCUUCCGCCUGUCUGUCCGCUCCGCCACCAGGACCCUCCAAGGGUCUCUCUGGUCCCUCCUGUCCUUUUCUCAGCAGCAGGCCGGACCGGGCCGAGCCGGGCCGAGCCGGGCCGAGCCGGGCCGCCGGGGCGCGGUCCCUGACCAUGGCGUCCCUCUUCAAGAAGAAAACCGUGGAUGAUGUAAUAAAGGAACAGAAUCGAGAAUUACGAGGUACACAGAGAGCUAUAAUCAGAGAUCGAGCAGCUUUAGAGAAACAAGAAAAACAGCUGGAAUUAGAAAUUAAGAAAAUGGCCAAGAUCGGUAAUAAAGAUGCUUGUAGGGUUUUAGCCAAACAGCUUGUACAUCUACGGAAACAGAAAACAAGAACUUUUGCUGUAAGUUCAAAAGUCACUUCUAUGUCCACACAAACAAAAGUGAUGAAUUCUCAGAUGAAGAUGGCUGGAGCAAUGUCUACCACAGCAAAAACAAUGCAGGCAGUUAACAAGAAGAUGGAUCCACAAAAGACAUUACAAACAAUGCAGAAUUUCCAGAAGGAAAACAUGAAAAUGGAAAUGACUGAAGAAAUGAUCAAUGACACACUUGAUGACAUCUUUGAUGGCUCUGAUGAUGAAGAAGAAAGCCAGGAUAUUGUGAAUCAAGUUCUUGAUGAAAUUGGAAUUGAGAUCUCUGGGAAGAUGGCCAAAGCUCCAUCAGCUGCCAGAAGCUUACCAUCUGCCUCUACUUCAAAGGCUACAAUCUCCGAUGAAGAGAUUGAACGGCAACUGAAAGCUUUAGGAGUAGAUUAGUCAAAACAUCAUAGUAUUUUUGCUUAUUGAAAAAUAUUAGGUAUCAACCAGGCACAGUCCAGAUUCCUUUUCCAAAACACUUUAUUUUCCAAAAAUGAAGACCAUGAGUGAACAGUUUGCUAACCAUGGGUAUAUUGAAUUUUUUGCCAAAGAAUGACAAUGAUGCAAAAUGGGAACAUUUUGGAUUUUAAUUACAACCACUUAGGCGUGAUGAUGUAUAAAAAGUUGGCUUCUUUUCUGCAUGGCAAACAGAAAGUAUCUUCAUUAUUUAGUGUCAGGUUCUGUUCUAAAUCUUUUUACAUUGAAUAAAAAAACCUCAUUAAAUGCCAGUAAGCACUAACUUAAAGAGACAUGUAAAUUAUUAAAAAUUUAUUGUUAAUUCUGUAUCUGUUGCUUGUCUUUUGUAAACAAUUACAUGUUUUGACCAUAGGCAGUCCAGUUGCCAAAUUAUUUCUAAGGGAUCUAAAAGAAGGAUGCUAUUUAAACAUCUGUCUUAAGCAAAACUGUUACGAGCUUUCCUUUCCUUUUCUUUUGCUUCGGGAAAACAUUGUAGUUGGUAGGUUUAUUACAUUUCAAGAUGUGCUUGGCACCUGCCUUAAAUAGCACAAGCAUAUUGUGCACAUCUUUAAAUUUUUAACUGGCGGAAAAGACUACACUUUAAAAUUGAGGCCUCUUAAAAGACUUUCCCAGGCUACUGUUGUUAAGCUUACAAAAGUGAAUUGAAUAUAAUUGGCCAAAAAAAAAAAAAAAAAAAAGACACUGAAUUAGUGACACUUUAUAGUAAUAAAAUGGUAUAUUUUGUUCUGUCUUCCAAGAACUGAGAUUUUCUCCAUAUGAAUUGCAAUUUAAUGUCCAUUUAAUUUUGAACAUACUAAUGUAUAUAUUGAUCCCUCUAAAUUCAAGCCAUUAUUCUCUAUUAAGUACUUGCUACUGUGACAAUAACUUGACUUAAAUUUUUAAAAUAAAAAUUAUCCUUUUUUUGUAAAUAAACCACAACUUUGUCAGAAAUUACUGCCUAAAUGUGCAUUAUUGUAUUAGCUGCAUUUUUUAAGGUAAAGUUGCUGUAAUAUUUAGUGUAUGUAUGAGAGAAAAUGGGAAUACCAGGUUAGAAAUAGAAUUUAGAAUGGGGUUAGUUUUGAAAAUGAUGCUGUAAUAUAUGAAUUCUGACACAUUUCACUAAAAAAAAACUCUGAGAUCAGAUUUGUGUAAUCUUGUUAAUUUGGGGUGAUGUACAUUUUGGGCUUAAUGUUAACAGAAGAAAAACUACAUUUUAGGAUUAGUAUUCACGUGUCACAUAGAUUGGUGGGAGGAACAAAAGCUACGCUGUGCAUUUUGAAUCUAGCCCAUUUUGCAAUGUUCAAAGAUUAGGUUUCAUUAUUAGCAAUUUUAAGUAGUACACGGUUUCCCUGAAUAGUAGAUGGGUCAAAACAUUUUACUGGCUUAUGGAAUGUUAAUCCAGAACAUGUUUUGAUGCUUGAGUAUAUGUAAUAAUACCCAUCUAACUUUACUUUCUUGUUUACAUAUGGGGGAUUUUGAUUUAAAAAAUU